AUGGGGAGAACCCCCUCCUCCCUCGCGCUCCCUCCACCUCCAAGCGCUCCCGGUCCCCUCCACCCGCCACCCCGGCGACGAGAGCCCGAAAACCGAGGGGAGGCUGAGGCACGCACCGGCGGGAGGGCAGGGGAGGGGACCCCGCGGCCGGCUGGCCCGCAGUCCCCACCCAGGGCCGGGCGGUCGAGGCCCGAGGCCCCAGCUACCCGCCCCGGGGGCCAACCCGCGGGCAGCGGCUGGGUAGGAGGGCAGCCGCUCCCCCGGGACGCGGGCCCACGGGGGCGGGAGGCACACACGCAUGCACUCACACGCGGAGAGAAAGCGGGCUUACUGCCUGGGGAUGCUCGCCCGCGCGGCUGUCUCGGCGGCGGCCGCUGCCAGCACCCAAACGGAGGCGCGGCGGCGGAGGCUGCGGACUGA